AGAUCUAGUGAAAAAAUGGGUUCCUCAACACAACCCAAGCUUCCAGUUAUUGAUUUAUCUUCAAAAAGUUUAAACUUGAAUUCAAGUUCUUGGGUUACAAAGUGCGAUGAGGUUACACGUGCACUUGAAGAAUACGGGUGUUUCAUAGCCUUGUAUGAUGGAGUGUCUAGCGAACUUCGUGAUGCAACUUUCCUUGCAUCGCAAGAAUUAUUCAAUCUUCCUACUGAAGUGAAAGCUUUAAACAUCACAAAGACACCAUAUAAUGGUUACAUUGGGCAACAACCCAUGGUUCCUCUUUAUGAGAGCUUAGGCAUUGAAGAUGUGAAUACUAAAGAAGGAGCUGAAAGUUUCACAAAACUCAUGUGGCCAUCUGGAAAUCAGAGUUUCUCUGAAAGUGUGGUGAUGUACUCGAAGGCUGUAGUAGAACUAGACAAGAUAGUGAUGAAAAUGAUAGUAAAGAGUUAUGGAAUAGAGGAAAACUAUGAAUCGAUCCGUGGUUCGACAACUUAUCUUCUUAAACCCACAAAAUACCUUCGCGCUCAAGGCGAUGAGAAAAUGCUGGGACUUCGUGAACACACUGAUAAAAGCUUCAUGACUUAUCUUCAUCAAGAUGAAGUAAAUGGCCUGGAGAUAAAGACUAAAGAUGGAGAGUGGAUUGAAGUUGAUUAUACAUCCUCAUCUUUUGUAGUCAUGGCAGGAGAUGCUUUCAUGGCAUGGACAAAUGGAAGAAUUGAAUCGCCAACUCAUAGGGUGAUGAUGACCGCGGACAAAGACAGAUACGUACUGGGACUAUUUGCAUCUAUCAGGGAUCACAUCAUAGAGGUACCGCAACAACUCGUUGACGAAAACCACCCGCUACAGUUUCGUCCAUUUGAUAAUUACAAGUAUAUGCAAUUCUAUUAUACUGAAGAAGGGGUUAAAGCGGAGUGCGCCAUCAGAACCUACUGUGGAGUUUGAAGCACCAUUGUUUGUUCAUAUUUAUGUGUGCUUGUUUCUUGUUUCCCUUUGUUGAAGUAUUAAUCAUGUAUGAAUGCAUAAAAUUUGUGUGCCUCAAAAGUUUAAUAUAUGCUAUAAUAAAGUCAACA